AUGCUUGACGAGACGGGUAUCGCCAAGGGAGAAUCUCACACCUCACCGACGGGCCCCGGACGCAAAAGAAAGACCUCGUCCGGUGGCCCGCUGCAGCAUCCCUCCACCUCCAGUAAGAAUGGCACCAUUCGCCAGAAAAUCACUCGAGCUUGUGACUCGUGUAAAGUCAAAAAGACCAGGUGCACAGGGACCCUGCCGUGCACUCGGUGCACGCGGCUGUCGCUUUCCUGCAAUUACAAUGCAGCCUACUCCAGAGGACUCCCUCCUGCCCCACUCCCUGCAUCGCCGGACCUAGGCGAGCCUGCUCCUCCGUUUACCCGAUCGGGUACUUCAGAGGCCGGUCGUACAUUCAGGGGCUCGCGUUCGCGUGCCACUACGGCUGCUGUGGUGGCUAGAGAUUCCGUCAGCAGCCAUCAUGGCUACCUGAGCCAAUCUCAUGGAGUGUCAUCACGGAACUCUCCAGAGCCAGGUUCGACUGAUUUUGAGGGCAACUAUAUCGGCCCUGCCUCGGGAGUCUCUUUCAUCAAUCGUGUCUGGAGCAGAUUGCACCAAGAUGAGCGGGCGCAAAUUCCCGAUGCGCUACAAAAUGAGUCUUCGACGAAUACGGGAGUCUUCAUGUUUGGCGAUAAGCCAUACUCACACUCUCAGGAUGUACAUUUUGAUCUGCCGUCGUAUGAGACCGCAAUGGAGCUUGUCACGGUAUACUUUGACUUCUCAAUGGUCACCUAUCGCUUUUUGCACCGUGGAUGUGUGGAAAAAUGGGUGAAGCAAGUAUAUGAGAACCAUAUCUCGAUGUCGAAUCUGCCCGGGGGCAUCAUGGUAGCCCGAACGGCCAUCGUGCUAAUGAUCUUUGCUGUGAGCACUCUUCAUAAAGAGCCAACGCCAAUCAACGGAAUCAGUCAAAGCGAACGCUGGUAUGCAGCGUCCAAGUAUAUGUUAUCUCUCGAGUCAGGGCCUCCGCGCUUGGAAACAAUCCAAGUUCGACUCAUCCAAUGCCUGUAUCUUCUAUCAUCGUCACGCGCCAACGAGUGCUGGUACUCCUUUGGAACGGCAUUGCAGGUUGUAACCGCUCUGGGGUUGCACCGCAAGUCCCCUGUGAAGCUAUCUAAGAAUGGAUCCUCACAUUUUGAGUUGGAGGUCCGGAAGCGCAUCUUUUGGAGCGUUUACACUUUGGAUAAGUACCUCAGUAUCAUGUUUGGACGGCCUCGGCUACUUCAUGACGAGGAUAUUGAUCAGGAGUUUCCGGGUGAAAUGAAUGAUGAAGAUCUACUAGAAGAGGAUCCGACACGGCGGACAGGAUCUACGGAUAGCAUGAUGAUCGCAUCUGUCCUACAUUACCGCCUUGGUCGAAUUUUGGGCGAAAUAUCACGACAAUUGUAUAGUAUCAACCCUCUCUCGCGAGACUCUCCACUUGAAACAGCCGCUCGCCUCACAUCGGAAUUGGAAAAAUGGAAAGAAAGCGUACCCCCUCUCUUCAACAGCGUUCGACCAUCCAGUUUAAUACCGCCCCUCUGCCGACAAAGCCAAGUUCUGCAGUUUGCCUACAAUCAUGCAAUGAUCCACGUUACUCGUUCAUUCCUACUCAACGAUUUCACCGACCUCAGCCGCCGACCAAGCGAUCCACAUCCGAUGGUCAGCGCCCAUGUACAAAAAUGCAUCUCAGCAGCUGAAGAUAUCAUGACCUUGGUCGAUGACCUUGCGCAACAGAACGUCUUUAUUCAGUCAUUCUGGUUCACUCACUACGUCACAUUUUGCGCCAUCUUGGUCGUCUAUAUACACAUUAUCCAGCAACAUCGCCAAGCCACGGCGCCGAGCCCGACAGCAGGGAGUCCCGCUGACGCCGGCAAAUUGCAUUCCUUAUUCCUGCUAGCCGAAUCCUGUCAGCAAUACCUUGCGGAAGCCACACGCAAAAACUGUCCUAGUAGGCGGUACAGCAUUAUCCUUGGUGAACUAAGGAAAGAAGUUCAUCGUCAUAUUGGCUCAGAUGAGCAGUCUAGCACUGAAUCGGCGCCGGCCGUUUUCGAUGAUGGUCACCAUGUUGAACCGAAAGCCAUAGCUCGAAAUGGCGUCGAUCACACCGUCUCCUUUGAACCUCCGAAUCUGGAUUUCCAGCCAAUGUCGGGCGGUCUGCCAUCAACUGACCUGGGCCCACCUCUCAAUCCCGUGGAAGAUGCCGGGCUUCUCGAAAACCUCGAAGGCUCAAUUUGGUGGGCGCAGCUUGAUUCAUGGGCUUUGUCGAGUUUUCCAAAUGACCCAUCUGCAUUCAGCUUCUAA